CUUUCUAUGUGGCUUUGACCUAGAAAGGAGCCCUGGUGGCCAUUCUCACCAUCCCAGGAGAGGCUCCCUCCAGAGUCUGGGGCUUCUAUUCUUGCGUGAAUGGCGCUCUUUCUCUCUUUAUGUAUAUAUACACACACAUAUAUAUGUGUAUAUAUAUAUUCAUACAUACACACACACAUAUAUAUAUAUAUACACCUAAUACUGGUUGGAGAAAUAAAUUGGGCAGCUGUCAACGUGAUAUGUACCAGUCUUGGCUAACACGUAGAGAUUUCAGUUUAAUAUAUUUUUUCCAUCUUAGUUUCUAUAGAAGCUAGAGAUAUACUGUUUUUUGACUCUUAGCUGAGAAAUGAGAUUCUUUCGUUGACUGGGACAAUGAUUAAAUCGAGAAUCCGGGUCAAACCAUAACAAAUACUAAUAACAGUCGUAAACUGCCACCAGCCCCAACACCGUGUGGGACCUGGAGGAAUGAAGCAGAAAUUAUGAAUGUAAACAUUUAUCAACAUCUCCAAAUGAUUAUUUUCAUCUUACAUGAUAAUAACUUGCUUGAAAUCACCAUCAUCUGAUGGUCUUGUUAAAGAAACAACUCAAACAUGAUUUUCUUCUAACACAACUUUUUUUAAAAUCCCUUUUUAAUUUUUGACUCUUGAGUUUUCAUUUUCACCUAUCAGAUCCUUUCCCUAAAGAAAUUCGAGGACAAUUUAAAAUUAUAUCCUUUCCUGCCAGGCCCUUAUUUAUAUAUGCAAAGAAGAAACUUUCCCAGCUUCGAUUGAUUGGGGCACAGUCAGAAGGCUUCUGGGUGCAGCCCCCAUUGGGUGGACAGCAGCCGAUUUCGAGGAUGCACCAUAGUCUCUGGGGAGGCCAAUCAUAGCCCAGUCCUUUCCCAAUGUUUUCUCCUUGGGGGAAGUGAGGGGAGAAAUCGAAAAGCAAGGAAGAGAUUAAGGAAGUCGUUGCCAGAUUCCUAGGGGGGCCUUGCCACACACCCCGAAGUCCUGAACCCCAUCAGCCUGUAUUCGCCAGUUUUACAGAUCUUAUAAACACCCUCUGGAAAUUCAACCAAAUCAUAUAAAUAAAUCGUUCUUCAAGCUCCAUAGAAUUGAGCAUUUUAAAGCUAAUUCAAGGGGUUUACAAGCCUAACAAAUACAGUUGUAAAAAUGCCAUUGGAAAGAUAUCACAUUUACAAAAUGAGAUUGAUCCAUGUGCUAUAAAAGUCAGCUAUCUCAAAGGAACACCUCUCAGGCAAGAGCGCAGCCCAGGACAGGAUUUUCCUGUCCUGUUUGGGGAAGGCCAGGCCUGGGGCUGCAGUGAAAGUAAUUCAGAGAAUUUCUGGAGCUGGUGAGACAAACUGUUUCUGGUUCUGGAGCAACUGUGGGUGGCAGGUCUCCCAAAAUGUCCCAGAAAGGGCAGGAAAGGGGACAUCCCAGGACAGUGCCCAUGGACAGGUGACCCAGAAACCAAGCACAUCCAUCAUUCCCGUGGCCUUGGGCCCGCGGAGCUGCCCUCUAUGUCCGGCUGGGCCAGGGACCCUGGGUCACCAGCACCUCUGAAAUGAGGACAGAGAUUCCACAUCUGGAUCUGUCUCAUCUCUGAGCUAUCAGGGCGGAAGAGGGAGAGCCUGGCGAGUUGGGCCUGGGCAAAGGGAGUGGUCCUAGGGCUGGCUUCGGAGCUCAGUUUCACAGCCACUCCUCUGUAGGUCCCUUUCUUGUUGAAACCAGUGGUUUCUGCCCUCUUGGUUCCUGGGUUCAGAGGCAGCAGGAGCGGGGCUCACAGCUUGUGAGGGGUGCUUUGAGGCCAGGCAAUCGCUGGCCAUUGGAAGGAGGCCCCUGGAGACUCAAAGGAGACGCGUUGUAUUUGGGAGUAGGGGGCCUGCGGGGGAAGAGACUAGCCUCGUCCUGGUCCUGGUCAGCUCGAGGUGAGCCUUUCCCCUUGGUAGCGAGGCCCAGGCCCUUGGUGGGAGUGGGGAAGGAGAGGAGGAGGUGAUGCACCGAUUCCUAAGGCGCAGGAGUGAGGAGCAGGGGUGAAGGCCUGGUUUCUCAGAGCCCUUCUCCAGCUCCGGAACCCGCACCCACGGGUAGGGGAGUGCAGGGGGAGGGGCAAACUCAGGGCCCUGCCGGGAGGGCAGGCCGGCCCGGAGCAAAGACAUCCUCGUCACCGCCCCUCCCUGUGCGGGGCUGUCAGGUUUCCUGUUUGGAGAGAAAACCCAGCAAAAUCCAACAAGGCAAAAGGGGGGUGGGGGGGGAGGAAAGAGCGGGCCUGGCCAGGUCUUUGCUUCAGCCCGGACGCGGGUGUCCCUACCCCGGCCCGAGCCGCACGCCCCUGCCCAGGCCUCGCCCGCCACCGGCUUUCGGGAAGAGAGCCGGGCCGGCUGGCUGUGCGCGCCCAUUAAUCUGCCGGGCGGGCGGCGGGCGGGCGGCGGGCGGGCUGGGGGCUGUUUGUAACUUUGCUGCCUCGGUCGCCGCGGUCCCCGGGGAGCGGGCUCCGGCGCUCGCUCCCAUUGGCCGCCGCCGCGUCAGCUGGUGCGAUUUGCUGCUGUCGCUUUUGGCGUUCGGCCAUCCAGAAACAAACCAGUUCGAUGACUACUAAUAGUUAUAGCCAGAUGUACUAAUACACAACAAAUCACAGUCCUGCAGAGGGGCGCGCAAAUGAGUUCCUAUUUUGUGAAUCCCACUUUCCCCGGGAGCCUGCCCAGCGGCCAGGACUCCUUCUUGGGCCAGCUGCCCCUCUACCCGGCCGGCUAUGACGCGCUGAGGCCCUUCCCGGCCUCGUACGGGGCGUCGAGCCUCCCGGACAAGACGUACACCUCACCUUGUUUCUACCAACAGUCCAACUCGGUCCUGGCCUGCAACCGGGCAUCCUACGAGUACGGGGCCUCAUGUUUCUAUUCUGAUAAGGACCUCAGUGGCGCCUCGCCCUCGGGCAGUGGCAAGCAAAGGGGCCCCGGGGACUACCUGCACUUUUCUCCCGAGCAGCAGUACAAACCCGACAGCAGCAGCGUGCCGGGCAAAGCCCUCCAUGACGAAGGCACCGACCGGAAGUACACGAGUCCUGUUUACCCCUGGAUGCAGCGGAUGAACUCCUGCGCGGGUGCUGUGUACGGGAGUCACGGGCGCCGAGGCCGCCAGACCUACACGCGCUACCAGACGCUGGAGCUGGAGAAGGAGUUCCACUUCAACCGCUACCUGACGCGGCGCCGCCGCAUCGAGAUCGCCAACGCGCUCUGCCUCACCGAGCGCCAGAUCAAGAUCUGGUUCCAGAACCGCCGCAUGAAGUGGAAAAAGGAAAAUAAACUCAUCAAUUCCACACAACCCAGCGGGGAGGACGCUGAGGCAAAAGCGGGCGAGUAGACGCCUGGGCAGG